UCAGAGGUUAUCAAAUCACAAGACGCGGUAAUGUUAACACCGUCAACAGCCUGUGUAUAAUAUUGUGGGACUAUAGUGUCUGUGUUAUUGUAUCCGUACUUUAUUAUUGUUCCUCGUAAAUAAACCUGACAAUCGCAGUGUUUACAGAUUUCUAUAUGCAUGUUGUAAAAGACCUGGGUGAUGGACUAUAAAGCCUGGUCUCGUUGCGAGGCAGUGCCGCUGUCUAAUGGCAUUGUGGCACGCCGCACUGGCCUGCAUUACCUCAAGUCUCCUGAGGAAAUUAGUGCCUACUACUUGCAAAAUUUUGGAACAUUCUGGUUUAAUGAGCUGCCUAAAACAGACAAUACAUACAAUCCUACGUCGCAAUACUACGGCUGUACGCUGGCGCCUGGGAUUCCUCUGAUACCCAACCUGUGCCGGCGACCACUGCGCUCGCCUGACCAUGGGUAUGAGUACAACCUCACCUCAAAACAUAGUCCGUGGACUCCUACCAUCACUGAGACCGUCACCAACAGUCGGAACAGUUGGGUAGAGAAAAACAACUACAAUAUGAAUAACAGCCAUGACAACGGUAAUGGCACAAGCACCAACCACCACCUUGGAUUGACUCGGCUCACCAGACGUCAGGUAGACUUCCAAGACUCAGGGCUGGAGUCUGACAGUGAGCUGGAGGUGGAGGACAGCGAGGAACUUCCCUAUGUCCGCAGUCAGAACACUGUCACCUUGCUUAGCUGGCUCGUCACGAUCGUCACAACAGUUGUCACCAGCGUCGUCACAGUGGUCACAGAGACUGUAUAUGGCAGGGGGGACCGUCAUGACCACAAUCAUGUUAACACGAGAGUGCCAUUGAAACAGACUGGAGGAGUAUCGUGGUAUCAGUACCCAGUUCUGUGGCUGUACAAACUCGCUUUGCUCGUCCAUCAGGCAGAUGUUUGGCUUCUGUACAAGGUGAAUUCACUCUUAAGACUGGACAGCUGGGGUACUCCUCAACAGCGUCGAAAAUGGGCAUUGAUUCUCCUUCUCAUUCCUCUAGUAAUUUGGGCAGGUUAUAAGCUGUUGGAAUGGUGGUCUGAAGAUGACACGUCUUCUGUGAGCCUCCUCUCCUCCCUUUCCUCUAUCUGGUACGUCGUAACCUCCUGGCUCUUGGACCUCUGGGCCUGGUUUGAUGGAAGCUGGCUGUGGGCCCCUUGGACCUCAGUGGCAGCCUGGCUGCAAACCUCAGAGGAUCCUAUCACAGAGGACCAACCAGUGGAUUACUCCACUGAGGCUGGGAUAGAAGUGGACUGGAAUGCUGCAUUGACUUGGCCUUUUACCACAGCAUCUUCUAUUUUCUCAAGCGCUGGAGAUUAUUUGGGAACUGCAGCCUCCUAUCUUGGAGAUACAGUUGUUGUUGUAUUCUCUGCUGCUGGAAGCUUCCUGUCUACGGUGGUUGCGUGGGUGGUUGACUGUUUGUUGGCCGUACCUGCGCUUCUGUCAUCGGUUCUUGCAUUCCUUGCAUAUCCCUUCAAGUCGAUGAAGUGGGACUAUACUGCACCAGUGGACUAUACUGUGCCCGUGCCAUCAGCUCCGUACUCUACUGGUUCGCCAGAACCUGAUGCCAGUCUGGACCGUCUGCUAGGGGACAGGCAGGCCCUGGCAGGUCUGGUCCGACACUUGCUAGCUAGUGAGGAGUUUGCUAGGGCUCUGGAUCAGCGACAAGUGGAAUCAUCACUUCACAAGAUCCAACUUGAGUUCAGCAAAGUUAGAGAAGAGUUGAGUGACAGAAUUUCAACUGAAGAGAGCUCAGUUGAAACAAAAAUGGACUCUUUGAAACAACAAAUUCAGGAACUACAGAUGGCACUGCUAGCACACAAAACACUGGUCUCGGAGCAAGCAGCUCUUGGCAACAGGCUGGAGGCCAGGGUCACCUCUGCUGAGCAGCUUCAUACGCGAGAGGGCGAAGAGCAGGCAAAGUUGAAGGAGCAAAUCCUUCUGGAGGUCGCCAAAGUUAGAGAUGAAAUUACAGAACAGUUUAUGAAUAUUCAGUCAAACCAGAAACUGGCCACAGACUCAGGGACGCCACCAUUACUGCCCAACCGAACAGAAUUGGAAGCCUUCAUCAAUUCCACUGUAGAGAAGCUGUUGGCCAUCUAUGAUGCAGAUAAGAUCGGCAAGGUGGACUAUGCCUUAGCUUCAUCAGGAGGCUCUGUGCUAAGUGUACGGUGUACUGAAACAUUCUCGAAGAAAAACGCACAGUACUACAUGUGGGGCUACCCUCUGUGGAGCAAGGCGGCCAAUGACCCCAGGAUAGCUCUUGAGCCAGCUAUAAAUCCUGGUGAGUGCUGGGCAUUCACUGGCAGUAGAGGCUACCUGGUAAUUGAGCUGAGUGAAAACAUCACUGUAACUGCAUUCACUCUGGAGCACUUACCACGCUCGCUGAGUCCGACUGGUAACAUUGACACAGCCCCCAAGGAGUUCCAUGUUCUUGGACUUGAAUCUGAGCAAGAUGAUACACCAAUAUUGCUGGGUCAAUUCAAGUACGAAGAUAACGGAGUCAGUUUACAGCACUUCCAGGCAUUGGAAGUUGACUACGCCUUCAAGAUCGUAGAGUUGGUAAUUGAGUCCAACCACGGGAACUUGGAUUACACCUGCCUCUACAGGUUCAGGGUACAUGGACGCCCAGCCAGGUUGUCAUAGCCCCAGCCCUUGCCCAGGCGUAAGCGGAAGCAUAACAAGACUGACAGCGCAAGCCCAUGAUUGGCCUAACUUUCUGAUUUUAGUCGCAGAAUGGUUUUGCCAAUAUUUCUUACUCAUCUUUGCAGCUGAAUCUUACUGCCCAGUGGUUGAGCUUGAAUGCUAUAUGAAAUCAUUACAAAUAAGUCUCUAAGUCAGUUGAUUUUGAGUUUAAAAAUAAAAAAAAGUAUGAUCAUAAGUGUUGCCAAAUUAAUAACUGAUCUACACUAUAUUGUAAAACAGGUAAUAUCCGUCGCAAUUUCUUUUUGUACUAUCUUAUUUUUAUUAGAAAAAAACAAAAUUUGGAGGAUUCCUCAAGAUCCAUCCAGCAUAACUAAAAAUCCAAAUCCAAUAGCAUAUGUUUUUUUACAAGUUAUAAAAUUAGCAUGACGCAAUUGUUAAAAAUUUAACCCUACAGUAGAAACUAUGUUCGAAAUCAAAAAUUAUAGGAUAAAGUAAAAUUUAUAUUAUGAAAUGAAAUAUUUGUUAUAACAGUAUAUUGUUGUGUCCAAAAAUUGCUAAAACAUUAAUCCACAUAAAUCAACGUCUUUUAAUGGUUACCAUCUUUAAUAUUAUUGUAGUGCAUUUUAAAUUUACCAAUUACAUAAAUAAAAUUGUGUUUAAAUAAAUAAAUUGUACACUGAAUAACAUUGUAAGUGCCAUUAGAGAUAUUGCACUAGGUUGUUCUAUCAGUACACAGCCUGAUAUAGACAGUCCGUAGCACUCACUACCAUAUUAUUAUUAUUAUUAUUAUUGCAGAAAGAGAAUAUCCUUUAGUUAAAAUAAUUUUUACAUUAUUUUAUCAUAACAUUCACUUUGAAAAAAGUGGGCCUUACAAUGUUAAUCGGCAGUUUCAUUGAAAUAAUGUGCAUUAUAUUACAUGUCAUUUUCACUAUACAGGUUUUGAUGAAAAUCUUAUUAAAGUGCACAUGAAGUAAAAUUAUUAUUUUAAACAAAAUCUAGAUGUUUUUACUCCCAUAGUCUUUUGGAAUCAAAUUAUAGUAACUUGUGUAUUUUCCAAAAUUAUUUCAUCACAUGCAUAAUAUAUCAAAGUUUAGUUCAUUUUUAUACUAGAAUUAUCUAGGAAUUAAUAUGAUUCAUUUUAUGUCAAAUACUAUUUCAUUUUGUAAUUUUAUCAUAAGAUUUUAUACGAUUCUUCUAUUUACAAUUUCAGAAUACUAAACAAUAUAAUUUAGUACUUGUAGGUUUGUUCAUCUUUUUUUAAAGUACAAAUGUAGUUGUCAUUUUAGACAUUAUAGUGUUUUGUUUUCUUAGGAUUAAUUGAUUUAAUUAGCGAUUAAAUAGAACUGUUGUGGAUCUCAUGUAUAUAGUAAUUUAUAUUUUUUCAGUAUAUUGUAUGGUCUUCAUUAGCCAAGUUUUUUGGUUUUUUAUAAUUCAAACAAAAUGUAUAUUUUAAUAUUUUAUAUAAAUUAUUCAUUAAAUAUAUAUUUUAUGUUGAUCAUACCAGAUUAGAUUAAACAUUUAUUGUAAUCAUGUUUAUUUAAUAUAUUUUUUAUAAUUUUACUUUUUGUUAUUUAUUUAAAUAUUUUAUUCAACUUUUGUUGACCAUUUUAAUCUUUGAUACUAGUCUUGAUUAUCAAUUGAGUAAUACUUAUCCUCAAAAUUCUAAGCUCAUAAAGACGUAAUAUUUUAGCAUAAUAAUCAGAAAUAGAGAUAUUUUUUAAUUUUUAGCUUAUAAAACACAUUUUCACACUAUAUAGGAUCUGCUAUUUUAAAUGAUGAUUUAUUUUGUUAAACUCUACUGAAAAACCUCUAAUUCCUUCUCAACACUGCUUUUAUUAUUAAAAGUGUUCUAUUUCGUGGCUAUAAACUAGAAUAACAUUUCUACCUAUCACAACUUUCUGAUCUAUCUGCUAACGGGUGAAUUAUAACAAGUGUGACAAUUCAGGCAAAUCUCAGUACUGAAAGCUUGCCCAAAGUUGUGUAACAUCACUUUUUAAUAAUUAUAAAAAAUCAAACAUAAUCUCUCAUUGAUUUAAUUAUAAUCAACAACCUGGCUAUAUUUCCCACAUUCCAACACUGACAUUACUUUGUUAUAAAAUACUUGAAAUAUUUAAAGGCGAAUAUACGAGAGCCAUCCAGAAAGUAGAUUACGUUUUGAUAUAAGCAAGAAACAAAGUACAAGAAAAAAUUGUAUUAUAUACAUUUGAAAGUGACACUAAAAUACUAAUUAUCAACAUAGUCAACAUACAAAUGUAGGCACUUACAGCGGUGAAUUAGUUUUGAAAUUUCAGCAUUAUAAAAGCCUGCCACCUGAGACUUCAACUAGGUAGUCACACUCGACUGCAGUUCACAUUUUUAUCAAAGCGCUGCAUCACAAGCCAGUUCUUUUUUGCCGGAAACAGGUGGUAGUCACUGGGUGCAAGGUUCAGGCUGUAAGGCGAGUGUAGAAACACCUCCCAUUUAAAAACAUCCAAGACUUCUCGAGUCUGAUUUAUUGUAUGUGGUCAGGUGUUGUCAUAAAAAAACAAAAUUUUUGAACUUGACUUCCUCUGCACUUGUUUUGUAUUGCUCUUAACUUUUGCAAAGUUUCACAAUUCCUUGCACAAUUGGUUGUGCCAUGUUCUAAGAAAUCAACAAGAAGAACUCCUUUCCUGUCCCAUAAAACAGUUGCCAUAAUCAUCCAUGCUGACAAUGUUUGCAUGCAUUUCCUUGGUUUUUUGUGUGUGCAUGUGCCCCCACUCUAUAGACAGUAAUUUGUUUUUGCAAUUCACGUAUUUAACCCAUCUCAUAUCCUGUAAUGAUUCUGUCGAGCAGCCAGCUCGAGUUCUGUUAUUGUAAAUGGAUGGUCUCCUUAAUCUUCUCAUCGACUUUAUAGAGACAAUUUCAUUGGUCACAAUGCUUGGCUAUCCGAUUCGUUUGUCAUCAUGUAUGUUAGAUCAGCCAUUUUUAAACUUAAUGCUCCACUGAUACACUCCACCUUCAGUAAUCACAUUGUUCCCAUAAACUUCACACCAUUUGGCAAUAUAUCUCAAUUGGUUUACUUUGCUUAGCCAAUAAAAACCAUAUUACCGACUGCAGUUCACAACUCACAGGAUUUUCAAUUGUGUCACAAAUUUUGAAACUGCUAUUGUUAAACAAAAAGGAGCAACAGUAACCUCUCACUAGCACGUCUGGAUAGACACUGAAUGGAGAAAUGUCCAGACAUAAAAAUGACCGUCAUAGUCCUGAACCUAGCAGCUAUAGAGCGAAACGUAAUCUACUUUCUGGAUAGCCCUUGUAAACGAAAGACGAAGGAGUUGCAGCCUUCUGACUAGCUAAGAUCCACUGUUUCUCAACAAGUGACAUGACUGAUAAGAUAAUAAUCAAUACCAACCAAGGGUGUCUUACAGUUUGAAAGAAGUCCGAACCAUGGUGAUUCUGGUCUUUGCUAUUUUCUUAAUUUUUCAUAUCAAGUACCCUAGUUCCAACCUUUCACUAUCUGUUAGAGAUCUAGAGAUGGUUUCUGUGUUAUCUAAGUAGGAUUUGUGUUCCUAGUAUCAGGAUUAGGAUUUUGAUUCCAAGCCACCAUUUCCACUUAUCCUUUAGUCUUCACAUUUAAAAGAGAAGGAUAAGUAUUGCAAGGUUUUUUUCUUAAAACUCAUUACAACUGUUAUAAUUCAUCAUUACUGAGCGACAUGAUUUAUAUUUAAAUCUAUUAACUUAUAGUAGUCAAGAAGGUAAAAGACAAUGUGAAUUGUAUAUCACAACUUAGUUUUUGUAGGGAUGAAGUGGGAGAGUAACAAAAGGGUUAAGAGACAGAAAAAGCUCUAGCAGCAUCAGCCAUAGCAAUAGAGUCUGAAAGCCGAUAUUUUCAAAAUUUUUCAGUGAUUUCAUCUUGUUGGCUGAGUGGGAUAUAACUAUUUAUAAUUGCUUUGAGCUAAAAAAGAUGUGCAAAAAUAAUGUUCUAAAUAUAAUUGAACCCUUUUGCUAUCCUCCUAUUUAAACUUCUACCAAAACUAGUGUGACUGAUGAUAUAUUUCUUCCAUAGACUAAAUCCCUCUUUAGAUUAUGUAUUGAUACAAUGUAAAUUGGCUCACACCUAUCAAACUAAAUAUAUUUACAGUAUAAUAUGUUUUAGCACUUAAUAAUAAAUGAGUGUUUAGUUACAUCAAUGUAAGACAUAUAAUCUAGUAUAUUUGUUUUUUUUUAACAAGAAAUUGAAAUAAAACAACACUGCUGGAUACAUUAGUUGAUGAGAAUGUGGGAAAUAAAAUAUUUAACUAAACAAGACAUGUAUUUGCUAAAUUUUAUGUUUAUAACAUUUCAACUAAAUGAUGUUGAGAAUAUAGUGAACUCUUCUUCUACCUCAAUGUGCACAAAUCCACAACAGUACAAGUUUGUGUUCAGUUCACCAGUAGUUUUAGUUGUGUUGUAUAGUUAAUGUUAUAUUUAAGAAAUAUCUCUGUGGUGUAGCUUUAAUCUGAUAUUAGUUCAGGUUAUUUUACAUUUCUGCUUCACCAAAUUGUUAUUAAUAGACAGAUAAAUGUUCAAUUAUGUUCUCGAUUUGACCAAAUACUUUGUACAAGGGAUGUUUGGGAAGAAGUUCUUUGCAUGAAAACCGUCAGUAUACUAGAUAUUUUGAAAAUCAUGUACAACUAAAAUUGCAAUUCCCAGCUAUUUCUAUACCACUUUCUACUCAAAGGCACUUGCCGUGGUUGUUUGGGAAGUAGUUCUUUACAUAAAAACAGUCAGUACACUAGACAUUUUGGAAAUCAUGUGCAACUAAAAUUUCAAUUCCCAGCUAUUUCUAUAUUACUUUCAACACAAAGGCAUUUGCCGUGGCUGUUUGUGAAUAAGUUCCUUGCAUAAAAACCGUCAGAACACUAGACAUUUUGGAAAUCAUGUGCAACUAAAAUUGGAUUUCCUAACUAUUUAUAUACCACUUUCUACACAAAGGCACUUGCCGUGGCUGUUUAGGAAGAAGUUCCUUGCAUAAAAACCAUCAAAACACUAGACAUUUUGGAAAUCAUGUGCAACUAAAAUUGCAUUUCCUAACUAUUUCUAUACCACUUUCUACACAAAGACACUUGCCGUGGCUGUUUGGGAAGUAGUUCUUUGUAUAAAAACAGUCAGUAUACUAGACAAUAUGAAAAUCAUGAACAACUACAAUUACAAUUCCCAGCUAUUUCUAUACCAUUUUCUACACAAAGGCACUAGCUGUAGCAAAAGGAAGAAUUUCUUUGCAUAAAAACCGUCAGUACACUAGAAAUUUUGAAGAUCAUGUGCAAUUAAAAUUUCAAUUCCCAGCUAUUUGUAUAUUACUUUCAACACAAAUGCAUUUGCCGUGGCUGUUUGGGAAGAAGUUCCUUGCAUAAAAACUGUCAGUACACUAGACAUUUUGAAAAUCAUGUACAACUAAAAUUACAAUUUCCAGCUAUUUCUAUAUCACUGUCUACACAAAGGAACUUGCUGUAGCUGAUUGGGAAGAAUUUCUUUGCAUAAAAACCGUCAGUGCACUAGACAUUUUGAAAAUCAUGUACAACUAAAAUUACAAUUCCCAGCUAUUUCUAUAUCACUGUCUACUCAAAAACACUAACCGCGGCUGUUUGGGAAGAAGUUCCUUGCAUAAAAACUGUCAGUACACUAGACAUUUUCAAAAUCAUGUACAACUAAAAUUGCAAUUCCCAGCUAUUUCUAUAUCCCUUUCUACACUAAGGCACUUGCUGUAGCUGUUUGGGAAGAAUUUCUUUGUAUAAAACCAUCAGUACACUGUCAACUUAAGAAGUUAUAACACAGAGGUGCAAUACUUUUCUUCUUUCUUUAAAUUUCUAUUCUUUAUACAAAGUAGAUAUCAGUCUCUUUUGUAACCUUAUCCUGGCUGUCCUCAUGAGCCCAGACUUGCACAAGAAUCUUAUCAGAUAUAAUAAGGAAGAGAAUUGCAAAUGCACUGGUACUUCUAGAACGUACUGCGGUCCCAGAAGAUUGAACCUGUGCUACCUGUAACUCAGACCCAACAUUUGAUACCUUUGAAUAUGCGGCCAUCGGCUAAUCCAAACAAUACUUUGGCAUAUAGCAUUCCAACUGUAUAAUAUAUAAGAGCAAGAUUAAAUUUGUUGCACUUUUUGAAAACAAUGCAUCAUAUUCCUAUGUUGAUAAACUUUUCUCUAAAUACUGAACAAAAUACAUGAUGCAUUUUACUUGUCUUUUCACACACAGGUAACACACACACAGAACACAGAACUUAAGAAGAUGAUUGUAAUUUUGUAUAUGCAGUUUUAUUUCACUAAGGAUAGAAGCUGAGAGACAUCUCAUUGUACCUAGUCCGAAAAGGACCUUUUCCACAACUUCUGAUGGGUAAAGUUGAGGUUAGGGAGGUUGGGUAACCUGUUGAGAUUCCAUAUUACUACCACCAUUAAGUGAACUGUAUCUAAGCCAUAUAACCUUGGAAGGAAGGGAGACUAGUUCUGUUCCAGCCUCUUUCAGUCAGAAAGACAGAACAGUACUCCCUCAUAUUUAGGCUUCUAAAAACCUUCAACACUAAAGAAGUCCCACCCAAUCACUCCCGACAAUCAUUCUAAGCAGUAAACUAGAUCUACCCUUUCAUCUCAAUAUCUCGACAUUGAUGUUUGGUUGCCCAGUUGUAAGGAUCGGUUCUGUCUAUACUCAGUAUUGAUACGACUAGCAGGUAUUAAUCAGUCCGAAGUGAACUCUCCAGGAGCUAAUUGACAGUAAAGGCACAAAAAACAAUUCAUUAGUUUUAUGGAAGUGCCUCACUUGUACUGAGCAAAGUGACAUAAACUUCUUUUCACCAACUACAUUUGUCUACUCAUUGAAAAAUAUGUGAACAGCUCUUUUCACAGUACGUUUGUCGUAUACUAGUGUAUUGUAAAUACAAGAAUUGACUAGUCAUAUUGCAAUGAAUUGUUUAUUUUGUGUUAAACAAUAUUUUUUACAACUUUUAAAAAGAUAUAUUUAGAAUAAAUUACAUAAGAGCAUCUAAAAUAAUUCUCAAAUGAGGCAAAACAUCUGUUGAGGCUUUUUAGGGCUCUGAUUUGUAAAUACUAACUAUUCAACUAAUGAAGUAAAUUUUCUAUGUUGCGCCUGUCAUAUUCCUGAAUCAGUGAAUACUCAAAGGUUCCAAUAUUUGUUAAAUUCCCUACCAAAAUUGUAGCUCAUAUAUAACAAAAAAUUAAAGAGUAGAGCAUCUGGAUCAGAAGUGAUACCUAGCAAUUAUUGCUAAAUCAUUAGCCAGGAUUAUUACAAAACUAAAUAAGCCUUACAUCAACUAUGAUUGCUACUUUUUCUUGGAUCUUAAAAAUUGGUGUAAUGAUUUGUCUUUUUAAACUCUUAAGAACAUAUUCUUGAAAAAAAAGAUAAAUAAAAAUAUAAAAUUGGUUCUGACCCAUUUUUAUGACAAGGUCAGCAUAUAGAUCUCAGUUUAAAUUGAACUCUGUAUUUUGUAACCUAAGAUGUUUUUUAAUAAUUAAAUUUUAUGAUCAUUUUAGUUAAAUUUUGAUAUUAAAAUAUUAAUUAGCAUUAAAUUAGCCAUUUUAAGUGCUUUAAAUAUGUCCUCAUUAAUAUAAUAAUUCAAUUUAAUUCACUGAACUUCCACAUAUUGUUAACUUUGCAUCAUCUGCAAAAAGGCAGAUUGUAUUACCGUUAUUUUUAGAUGCAUAUUGCAGUGUUAUUAUUAUUUUAAUAUAGCGUAAUUAUAAAAGUGGAACCACAAUUGAUUCUUGUAUGACAUAUGAAUGUUUUCUGAAUAUAUUUGUUUGUUAGUGGAAUAUAAUUUUAUCCCAUAUAAAUUGGCUCUUUUAAUAAAUAGCUCAUCUGAUUCAGGUUUUUGUGAUUAAAGAGAGUAUAAAACUGCAGGUUUUAACAUGAGUAGUUUUAAUUGGAUUGGAAGGCUUUCUUUACCAGGUAGGAAAGCUUAUUCUUGUAUAAGUAGUCAAUCCAAGAGCUGACAACUAAAUUUCGUCUAUUGUAAAAUAAAUAAAACUUGCUAAAAUACAAACUUGACACCCUUAACCUAGGCCUACAUAUUUUACGAACUUGGGUUAUUUAGAUACAAAACACUAUUUAUUUGUUUCAAUACAUCACUACUGUGAAAGAAAAAUACUUUUCAAAACAUGUUUUCACAGUCACCAGUUGUUGAAAGUGAUAGACCGUUGCUGCAGCGAUUGUCACCAGUACCUGGGUUAAUGUCCAUAUAAAGAAGUAAAGGGCUAUAUCCUUCUAGUCUGAUAAAAGUGAGCUUGCUCUUCCUAUUCUAUUAAAGUCUCACUACGAAAUCUACUAUUUGAGUUAUCAAAUAAUACAAAUACUUGGUUAUUCACAAACUAUUCAAAUGAAAAACAUUCUUCUCAUUUGUCUCAAAUAAAGUGGUAUUUUAACUCUUGGCAUUUCAGUGGUAAGUUUUUUUUAUAAAUAAAAACAAAUAUUAAAUUGUAAAUUUUGGAUUGAUUGAUUAGUGUUGAUUUAACAUUUUUAUUGUAUUAUACUGAAAUAUUCAUUGCCACUGCCAAGAUCUAAAAAUAAUAUCUUCUGUCCCAGUCUUAUAAACAAUGUAAUGUAGGGUUAGAAUGUGUUGUAGUCAUAUGUUAAGCUUUGUUAGCCUGUCUUUGUUCUUUGUAAACAAUUACAAUACUCAAUUAAACUCAUAUCAUUUAACAUUUCCAAAAAUGCAAUACCUAUGUGUAAUUAAUAUUCUCUUUUGCUUCACAAUUACAAGCUGAAAUGAAAGUAUGCUGAAAGGUUAGUAGAAUUUGUAAAUGUAAGUUUAGUAUUGUUAUUUUAUCAUUAACUUUUUAUUGUUUCUGUUCUGAGGAUUUUGAGUGUUGUUGCUUAUUUAUUUUCCAGUUUCCUUAUAUUUUCUCAUUGCUUUUAAAACCAUAUACUAAUUCUGUUCUUUUUUUCUAGUGUUAAAUAAUCUUUGCCUUCAAAGUCUGUGUUAACUUUGCUUUUUCACAAUAAUUUUACUUUUGUUUUCUGCAUCUACUUGUUUGCGUUAACAUUUACUUUACCCUUGAACUGGUGUUUACUUUUUGUUACAUUUAAAGUUUUCCUAAACUUUAUAAUAUAUGGUGUCAGUACUGACAUCGGGAAAAUUAUAUAUUUAUUUUGUAUUUUCAUUUUUGAAACGAGUAUAAUGAGACAAUGGGACAAGCAAUACAUUGAUUGAUGUCGUAGUAAAACAAUCUUGAGUUUUACCCCAUAACAAUGUUAAAUUUAAAGACCCUUAUUUUUGAGCUUGGAAUUAUGGAUGAUGCCUUUUUUUAAAUAUAUAACGAGCACACAUCCAAAAAUGUUUUAGUGAUGAAACACCUCCUGUAAUUCUACGAUCUAAAAUAAAAUUAUAAAAGUACACUAUUUGACAUUGUUCUUAUAGGCCUAAAAUUAAGAUGACCCACAGCCUGUAUAACUGACUCUCAAUGUAUUGAUGAAUAUUGUAAAAUACAACUGUUGUAAUAUAACAUAGUCAUUAUUAAAUGCUGAUUUUAUUUUUAUUGUUGAUUAAAAUUAUUAUGUGCUGAGUAUUUCUGAACCUAUGUGGAACUUCUCAAGGGUGUGUUAUGGAGGUAAAAAGAAAAAAAAGUUUUCUUUCAGGAAACAUGGAUUCGCUAAUGCUUCCUGUUGGAGCUUCAGGUACCAAAAUCAGCUAACAAACAUCCUCCUAUCACCAGUGCUCCGGUGAGCCAGAGAUUUAUUAUUGAAAAUUUUCAACAACAAUUUUUCGUGCUAAAAGUAUCAAAUUCCGAGUAGCUUUACUUUGCUCUUGCUUAUGAAUUUCAUUGUAAAAAUUGGGGGGUAAUUUACAUUUCAACAUGUAUUUCUUUAAAAGUUCAGAACAAUUAAUUACCCAAAGUCAUCUCAGACUAGGUAUUACAGUCAUGAACUAAAUAUUAACGUUUUCCAAAAUAUUUUUGGAUUUUAAAGAACUUGCAGUUUGUUAAAAAGUCAUUUGCAUAACAAUGUGUAGGAAGAGGUGUUAUUUCGACCCAUAGAUUACGGUACAUCCUUGACAGGUUUUUCAUAGGUCCAAAAAUACAUUUUAUACCUUUAAAAUAAUUCAUACUUUUACAGCUUCCAUACACAUAAUCGUUUUUUGUGACUUCUUUUAAUGAUUUAUUUUAUGUAGAUUUGAGUAAUAUCAAAAUUAUUAUACAAUUAAAUACUUAUCUGUUAAGGUUAUUUUUGGAGGAAAACUCUUAAGUAUUGAUAAGUGUCAAAUCUUAUAAAGUAUCUGAUACACCGUCAUAUGAUGUAAUGUUACAAAUUAUAAAAUAAAACUAUCAAUUAGAUGAGGUAUCUUUAUUCAGACAUGUGUUAAAACAAAGUUGAUUCUGCAGUAGAUUAUUCCUUGAAUAUUCUAGAGUGUGUUACAUUGAUGAAUUUUAAAUGGGAAAUAACAGUUUUAUAAAGUUGGCUUAUAACAGAUUUUUACUAAGAGGUAUGCCAGCAAUGUUAUUACCAGUUUGAGGAUAUUCAGUUUUAUUCACAAACCUAAAGUAGAGUGCCUUAAUUGAAUAUAAGAUUUAUAUUGAAUAGUUAUUUACCACUUCACAUGGUCUAAUCUUUUGAUGUUCCUUAUACUUGAGUUUAUGGGACUCAGUCUGCUACACAGUAAAAUAAUAAUUACUUAACAGUGUGCCUUUUUGAAGUCUAGUGAUUAUUUUAGUGUAAAUAUUGUAAGUAAGGAAUUUGAUGUAAAUGUGGUAUAAUUUUGUUAUUAGACUAGCUUUGUGUGCAAUUUAGAUAACCAUAUGCAAUUAUGAUUUUUUUUGCAGAUAUUUAGAUGUAUUUUUAGAUUACUUUUCUUUACCACCUGUAAUACAAUUUUGAAAACAUUGAUUGUAAUUAAAAUUGUUUUGUGAUUUAAGAGA